AUGCAAAAAUACGAGUCAAUUGACACUAUUCCAGACACUAAUGUGGCUCUUAAUUACCAAACAGAAUUCCUCAAUUCUCUGGUACCACCACACAAUCUAGAGCUCAAAAUUGGUACACCCAUAAUUCUUCUUUGGAAUAUGGACUCACCAACACCCUGCAAUGGAAUAAGUUUGGCUGUCAAGAAGCUGUUGACACAUAUAAUUGAGGCUACAAUCAUGAAUGUUCAUGGAGCAGGUCAGGAUGUUUUCAUUCCAUGCAUUCCAAUCAUCCCAACUGACCUGCCAUUUCAAUUCAAACACAUUCAGUUCCCAGUUCAGCUUGGCUUUGCCAUGACCAUCAAUAAGGCACAGGGACAAUCACUCAAGGUUGUUGGUCUCAACCUGCAAAGCUCAUGCUUUUCACAUGGCCAGCUUUAUGUUGGGUGCUCCUGGGUUGGUGAUAGUAAGAAUCUUUUCAUCUUAGCAGCAGAUGGGAAAACAACCAAUAUUGUCUAUCCUGAAGCACUGCAAUGGUAA